CGAAAAGAUGAAAACUGCAAAAACCAAUUUCAUGAUUCCCACCAGAUGUGUUUCAGAUUACUGCCCUCCAUAAUCUCUCGCGCCCCCGAAUACCAUUUUCAGUUUGAGAUUUCAGAGCCCUUUUCGAAUUUGUUCCCUCUACCGCCAAUUUCGAAAUCCCCCCACUCCUAAAACCAAAAUAACUUGUAAUCCUACAUCUAAUUCAGAGCUGAAAUCGAACCCUUAUCAAAUCAGCUACCCUCUGUUUCUUCCCCUCUCAAUCCCACCAGAGACAGAGCAACUGAGGGAGAAUAGAAAUGGCUACCCAGUUUCAAACUUUGCCUCCUCUCAAAAGGUUCAGGCUCUUGCAGCAGCAGCAGCAGGAAGAAGAAGAAGAAGAAAACAAAGAAAAUAUUCCCCCGCCUUUUAUACCUUCUUCCUCUUCACAGCAGCUUCUUCCGGCCAAGAAGCGAAUCGAGUCUCGGAAGCCGCCACUUCUACCUCUUUCUCCUCCUCGUUCCGCAGCUGCUGCGGCAGUCACUUAUUCUCUGCCUACCAAGAAAAGGGUUUGGGCGUUUCAGCCUCCAGAUCUCGACGACCACGAGUGCUCAGUUAAGCCGUCGCCGCAGUCACCACUUUUGCCUCUGGAUUUGAAUGUUCAGUAUGACCCUCUGUGUGAUUACGAAGAAGGUCAUAAUCAUCACAGGACUGAGAAGAAGAGACAUGUGGAUAACCAAAAGAUCCCACUCUUAAGCUCACAAUCGAAUGAAUCCGCCCAAGCCGAUUGCAAACAUGAAAUUGGUCAAAUUGACGGUGAAGAAGAAGAAGAUGAUGAUGAAGAUGGGAUCCUCUGUGCUGUCUGCGGCAGCACGGACGGAGACCCAUUGGAUCCCAUCGUGUUCUGCGACGGAUGCGAUCUAAUGGUCCACACGACAUGCUAUGGUGCACCAUUGAUCAAUGGCGUGCCGGAAGGUGAUUGGUUCUGUGCAGAGUGCUCUGUUUCUGAUGGGACGAAAAAGAAGGCCCCGUUGUCUUGUUGCCUCUGCCCCAAGCAGGGCGGCGGGUUGAAGCCGACGAAAAAGGAUGGCGUGUGGGCACACAUAUUGUGCGCGCUUCUGAUCCCGGAGGUGUUCUUCGAGGACCCAGAUGGCCGAGAAGGGAUCGAUUGCUCUAAAGUUCCCAAGAGAAGAUGGAGGGAGAAGUGUUCUGUUUGUAAAAGCAGGCAAGGGUGUGCUAUGGAGUGCUCUGAAAUGAAUUGUCCCCUGGCUUUUCAUGUCACUUGUGGGCUGAAGGAGGAGCUGUGUAUUGAGUAUAGAGAUGGAGGUAGCAAGAGUAAGGAAGCCAUUGUUGCUGGGUUCUGCAGAACUCAUACUAAGCUUUGGGAAAAGCAACAGGGGACAGGGAAGUACAAGAUUGUGGCCAGAGGAGAGCAGAGGAGGUAGCAACUAGCAAGCAAGUGAGCGCCAUGGAUGGUUUGAGUUUCUAGGUUGAGCUAAAGGUUCGAACUCAGAACAUGCUUUUUAUUUGCUUGUCAUCUUCGUAUUACUAUCUGCACAACGUUUUGCAUCAAAGGUACAAGUUUUACAUCUCAAUGUAGCAUGGCAAGAAUAGUCUAUUGUACUUUGUAUCUUAAUUCUUCCUUUAACAGUAGAAUCUAGAGUUAAUACUGUGGGGUUAGUUUCUGAAAUGUCAGCACAGUUGAAUUUUCUUAAUUUCCUUCUAGGGGGUGGUUUACUUUUGUUGUUGGUCCAGAAGAGUUGACAUUUGUGUUCAUCGGUGGGUAUGAAUCAUUUUCCAGAAUGAAAUCGACUUUUGUUGACUAAUGAAAAUUCCAAUAGGCGCCUUUAUGUAGCAGCACAUUGACUUUCAUGAGUUGUGUUAUUUACUGUCAAUCUCAUGCUGUGUUAGAUGGAGGUUCUGUGCUUGAAUUUUUGUUCCCCAUUACAAUGUUCUAGACUCUAAGACCAUUUGAUUCUUGAUUCAUGAGGUGAGGAUAAUCUCCACGCCAUUAGUCUUUUAAAACCCUAAUAUCCUUUAAUCAAAUCUUGAACAAGAUUUGUUUUAUCGAAUUAACCUUUGCAUCCUUAAGAAUCCAGAACACAAGGCAAGAAAAAGCUAAGGGGUCGUUUGGAUGGAGUAUUUGUAUGAGUUAUCGUUUGACAUCGUUUUGCUGAAAUGAAUUAUUUUUAUAGUCAGUUAUUUACAUAUAACUCAAAACGAGUUAUUUGAAAUUACUCAUCCCAUGUGUUAUUUCAAAAUAACUCGUUUUACAACUUUACUUUUACCAAAUAUCACAUGUCAAAUACCACAUUUGCAUGGUUUAUCCAAAAGAAAUACUUUUUUUUCAAUUACCAUUGAAAUACCACAUAAAUAAAUGAGUUAUUUGACUAUACAAAUACCACAUUGACAAUUAAUCCAUCCAAACUACCCAAUAUUUUUUACAUUAUGGUACACCAUAGCUUUUAUUGAUCUUGAUCAUUUGCCUCAUUGGAACAUAUACAAUCAUUAACCGUCUAUUAAUUGUGCUAAGCUUGUAAUUGAGCUUCCUCUAACAAUCAUUCGACUUUCGACUUUUAUUUUUAUCCUUGUUGCGUGUUUCAUUGUUCAUUCUCAAAUAAAAUGACUUGAUAAGUUUAAUUUGACAUUAGAGUCAGUUUGGAAGUUGCGAUUGUUUUGUUGAGAUUGUCAUUAUGCAUGUAUUGUUUACAAUGCAUCGAUUUUUUUUUAGCAGAAACAAUACAUGAAUUGUUUCUGUGAUGUGACAGAAACUAUCACUCAUUUUGAGUGAUUGUUAUAUCUCAAUUUUUAGUUGUGAUUGUUGAGAUAGUUGAGUUGAAAUUGUUUUGUCUCAACUUUUAGCUGAUGCGACAUACACAAUCACACAUACCAAACGUUGUAUUCUACAAUACAUCAAAUCCGAUAAUACAUGUAUAAUAUUAUACAUGCAUUCUCAACAAUGCAUCUAUUUAACAAUUGCAACUUCCAAACAACCCCUAAAUAUAUAUCUAACAAUCCAUAUACUCCAGUUGUUUUGGGUUAGGCUGUAUUUCACUCCUAUAACAUUACUUUUACUCAUCAACUUGAGUUCAUGAUAUGUGAAAUGACCAAAAUAAAGCAUUCAGACGAAAGAAUGUUGAGAUUUAGUAAAUCUUUGAAUGAGUGAAAUUUAAACUGAUGAAAUUAUGACUGUUGAGUAAUCAAAUUCUGCUGUUUGGGUUGAUAAAUUUAGAAAAUAAUUUGUAUUUAACUUGUACAAUUUCUUCCAUCAACACUAGACCAAAAUAAACCAAAUUCAAGGCACUUGGUAACAAAUGGGAAAGGAUAAG